AUGCCGUCCCUCAUGCUCAUCGUGUUCCUCGUCGAGGCCACUGUGAGCUUCAUCAACGCGGUCGGCGCAGCAAAGAUCAACGACAUGCUUUGGACCCUCAUCAACUUCCUCCCCGUGCCGACCUCCAAGGCCGCCGCCGAGCAGCGGAAGCUCCAAGCCGAAUACCUCGCCGUGCGAAGGGAGAUGAACGCCACAAGCAGCCAGGACGAGUUUGCAAAGUGGGCUAAGCUGAGGCGCAAGCACGACAAGCUUCUCGAGCAGCUUGAGACAACCAAAAAGAGCCUCGAGACGGCCCGCUCCCGAUUCGACAGCACCCUGACGGCCUUGCGCCUCCUCAUUACCCGCGCGCCGCAGUACAUUAUUCCUUUCUGGUACGCUACAGAGCCCAUGUUCUGGCUGCCAUAUGGCUGGUUUCCCUACUACGCCGAGUGGAUCAUCUCGUUCCCGCGUGCGCCGCUGGGUAGCGUCAGCAUUGCAUCGUGGCAGCUCGCGUGCACCGGCAUUGUCACGCUGCUGAGGGACCUCUUGACCUUUGUCUUCAAGCUGCUUUUGGGCGCGAAGCAGCCGGAAGCGCCAGUCCCGGCUCCGGGGGCUGAGAAGAGCAAGGAUACGAGUACUACUACGGAGGAGAAGAAGACUUCAUAG